CGAGUUUCCAAUCUCGUUGGCAGAUUUGAACAAUUGGCUCGGGCGUGUCCGAUUCAGGAAUACAGUUGUCCAGGUCUGAAAUCACCGACUCUGACACGGCCGGCUUCUCAUCAUGGCGACAAGGCAUGGCUGCAGAAUGACCGAAGAUGUCAGUCCAUGUCCUCCAUGCCAAUCUCCUCAACCCCCUCGACCAGACUGCAGCGCGAACUCGAUCGCAAUGCGGAAUUACGACAAGAAAUCGAACAAUUGCGCAGUCGCUGCAACGAAGACGAAGAAAUACUCACAACGUUGUCUAAGCGUCUGGAAGAAGGCACCGAGUUGCAAGCGUCUCUACGCAUCCAAACCUCUGGCUUGCAAUCAAAAGUCGACAGGUUAGCAGACAGACUCCGACAAAGAGACGAAGUCCAAAAAGCAGAGUACGAGCGAAGAAUCGUGGCUGUUGUCAACGAACGCGAAAUCUUAGCCUCGAGAUUACAAAAGGCCGAAGCAAGUGUCGAAAGAGCUCGAGCUUUGGAAGAAACCGCAAGAAACGCAGACGAGGAACUAAGGGCCACAGAUGAAAGAGCUCAAACAGCAGAUAAACAAGUAGCAGCACUACGGAAACAGUUGCUCGAGCUCAAGACAGAUGUUGCUGCUCGCUCAGGAAAGCAAGAGGAUAUUAGUGAUCAAGAAAUCCUUGACAUGAUGAACAAACUCAAUCACCUUGUUCAAAGCUGGUGUGUCAGUAGUUUCCGAAAGGUCAAGAUUGGGAGGAUGAGUCACAGAUUCGAAAAAAUAGCAGCUCUACAGAAAGCAAAGUCGCUACGGAAGCUUUAUGCUACCUUUGACACGAGCAUGAAAAUCUUCACUUUCCAAGCCACAGUGUUGCAUCUGCUUAUGCCAAUCUUCGAUGCACAUUUCUUUGGACUACCCGAAGAAUUGAUGGGCUUGGACUCAGCCGCUUGGGAAAUGGAAUCUUUGACAGCAGCCUUCAACACAUGGCGAGCAAUGACAUAUGCCUUUUUGCAGCAGGAUAACGAGUUGAAGGAGCGCUAUCGAUUCGAGGGUACCGCGAUGGAAAACCUGAUGGACGAACAGGAGAACGAUGGCGUUGCAAAGGAUGUCAGAUGUGUGGUAUCCCCAGCACUGAUUAAGCAGGGAGGAGAAAGAGGUGAACAUGUGAGAUAUCCCUAUUGUUUCGCCGGGACAUGGUUGACUGACGCUGAGCAGAUGGAAGUGGAAAAUGUCCUCGUGAAAGCCAAAGUGCUUUGUGUUGAAGACGACUCCGAUGGCGAUGAACCGAUGGAUUGA